CUCCGCUGACGUGUGGUGGUGAUUCUGGUUUAUGUGUCUCUCGCUUUUUGAUGCCGCACGAUUGGGAUUUAAGGACUUGAUGAAGAUGAGUGUGGAAGUGGAAAGAAAAUUUUUGUGCAAUGCUGACACUCUCAAAACACUGGAGGAGAUUGGGGCAGUGUGUAUUGGUCAGCGGCAGUUUCGUGACCAGUACUUUGACACCCCCAAGUUUGACCUGACUCUGAGAGACAUGUGGCUGCGUAAACGUAAGGAAUGCUGGGAGUUGAAGUGCCCAACAGCAGUCAACGGGACAGAAGAGGCAUCUGGAGUACAAGCUAAAGCAGCAGCACUGUGUUCUCGCUACAGGGAGAUAACCAAUCUGGCCGAGAUUCAACGGAGAGUGAAAGAGGUCAUAAAAGACAUUUGUCAGGACAGAGAGACGGAGGCAAGCCCCUCACAGGAGGAUGAGACUUGGCUGAGCGAAAUUAAUCUGGUGUGCUUUGCAGAUUUUACAACACUGCGGCAGUCGUUCACUUUAGAGGAGCAGGGGCUGCAGAUAGAUCUGGACCAAGCUAACUUUGGCUACCAUGUGGGAGAGAUAGAGGUCCUGGUUCCAGAGGGAGGAGAUGUGCAGUCUGCCUUGGAGAAGAUCGAAAGAACGGCAGGAAAACUGGGUCUGUCUGAUCAGGCAGUUGAGGGGAAAAUGCAUAUUUACCUUCAAAGGAAUCACCCAGAGCACUACAACAAACUACUGAAUGCACAUGUUUUGUAACAUGUUAUAAGUUUGACAUAUUAUAUAAAAUUCUGUGAAACUUACGGGUAAAUUGUUUUAAAGUUUUAUCUCAAAUACUCAUUAAUGUAAAACUGAGGUGUUUAUAUAUAUAUAUAUUGGUUUUUUUUAUCUUAAGACUCACUGCAAUCAAUCACUGUACAGACCUGAAACUCGCAAGACAUUUACUGAAUUAGAAAGUUCAGAAAAACAAUAAUAGGCCCUUGAAAUUUACCCUUCGAAGGGUGCCCAACGGCUUUGUCCUAUACACAACAUGCAACAGUUAAAGUUUUGUCGGGCUACGAAGCGUAUUAGAGGAAGUGUGAAUACUGGAAAUAAAUAGGGUGCCAUACUGUCGUUUCACUAUUAAUGGUGAUUGUUUUGUACAGUGUUGAAAUAUUAUACACUCCCAGAUGGAGAGCUGAUGACUCUGUGUUUCACCUCCAGCACAGUGUGAAGGUCAGAAACCAAUCCUUCUUAUGCCUUCUUCAGCAGCUGGAUUUUUCUUGUUGUCUAUGAACAGAUGUUUGUGUGCAUAUAUUGGCUGCCCAUGGUUUUACAUCAACAAGCCUUCAUUCAGCGUGAUCCAAUUUGCUGCAGCGCUCACUCAGUGCUAGUUUCCAAACAUUUAAAAAUAUUUACAUUCAUGUUGAGGUUUCAAUAAUGUUCACUAUGAAAUGGGUUAAAGGGCUAAAAUGUCAUCUUCGGGUUGAAUGACUUCUCUUUCCCUCUUUGAAUUGUACUGAUGGUUUGAAAUCAAAUAAA